UUGUGUCGAAAAAAGUAUAUCCAACUACUGUUUCUUGGCUUGGUAGAUCUUUAGAAUCAAUUUGUCGGUAACAUUAUUCAUUCAGCAAAGAACCCCCUAAUUAAAUGCAUGUAAUUACAGAUAUAGGUUUUAUGACUUUCGAUAGUUUAACUAAAUACCACCUUCGGUAAUUGUGUCAAGUCCCAUAAUUCAGAAAAAAAAGUUUCAAAACUAAGUAAAUGCGGGUGCUAAGCGGAAAUUGGUGGAUUUUUGUUAUCUUUAUGUUGUUCGGCACGGGGUCAAAGAAAAUCAAUAGAGUAUAAAUUACUGAACAAAUUGGAGUGGUUAUGGUAUUUUCAAAUUGAAUUAUCUACAGAAAAGAACAACACCUGCUCCAAUAAUGAAUUUGUCUAUUGUUGCAAUAACCGUUUUGUCUCUAAUGGCUGUCCAAGCCAGAAUUGUGGAGCAAAAAGAUGUGGAAGAAAGGCCACGUUUGGAUGGCCGCAUUGUUGGUGGUCAUAGAAUUAAUAUCAGCGAUGCACCACAUCAGGUGUCGCUGCAAACAUCGUCACACAUCUGUGGAGGUUCCAUAAUUUCCAAACAAUGGAUUUUGACGGCGGCCCACUGUACUUCUGGCAAAACAGCAAAGGACCUUAAGGUACGUCUUGGCACCUCAGUCUACCUGUGGGGCGGUGAACUAAUUCAGGUCGCUGAAAUAGUUCAGCACGAACAAUUCAAUACAUCCAAUAUAGACUACGAUUAUUCCCUCUUGAAGCUGGCCCGCGAGAUUGAAUUCGACAAAACCAAACAGCCUGCCAAGCUACCAGAAACUGAGGGCGAUGAUACCAAGGAUGGUGUCAUGUGCCAUGUUACCGGCUGGGGAAGUACACAAAAUCCAUUUGAGCCUCGUGCCUGGUUACGUCAAACCGAGGUUCCCAUAUUCAAUCGAGAAGAAUGCUUUAAGAAAUAUGAAAAAUUUGGUGGUGUUACCGAGUGCAUGAUCUGUGCCGGCUACAUUGAGGGUGGUAAGGAUGCUUGCCAGGGUGAUUCUGGUGGUCCAUUGGUUACAGAGGAUGGUGUACUGGUUGGUGUGGUGUCUUGGGGUUAUGGCUGUGCCCGUCCUGAAUAUCCUGGUAUAUAUUCCAAGGUUUCUUACGUUCGUGAUUGGAUUCGCACAAAUAGUGGCGUGUGAAUGGUAGUUGGUGAAUGUUUUAUAAUUGGCAAAUAA